AGAUUUUGCUGUAUCCCUUCUAGCCACAAGCUGUUUCUGCAGGGAGUCGCCCAUAGUAACCGCCCGAGCUGCUCAGACCGGAGUCACGAGCAGAUGACGGAACAAGAGCAAACAUGACGAGACACACACGGAAACACCGUCUCUGAACUGUUCGUGCUGGAUGUUUCUGGGCGGUGCUGAGUGGAUUCCUGUCUAAGCCGUCAUGAGAUGAUUGUGAGUCUGAUCUUUACGAUCAUGAGCAGAUUUAAAGAUGUUACUAGCGGACCGCAGCUGUGUUUGAGCCAGAACGAGGAGAAAUAUUCCCACCUCUAAUGAAUCGGUGAUUGCACUGGCAGCUCUCAGCGGUGCGGCGGGUGGAGUCAUGAAGACAGUGCUCGUGUUGAGCUGUCUGCUGUUAAUCGCUCAAGCAGAAGAUCCCGAGAAGCCCGAUCAGAACCAGAACCCCGUCCAGUACCUGUACAUCGGCGACGGCUCCUCGCAGGAGUUCGAGUUUCCCCAGAACACGCCGGGAGUGAUCGUCAUCUCCAGCAGGUACCGCGGCUCCGGAGGCCGGAAGGGUCGCGAGAGCCUCAAACAGACGGUUCGGGUGAGCUCUCUGGACCCGGACGUGAUCUCCAUCCUCAACGUGAGCGACAGCGGACGUUCGGGAGCCGUGAGCAGUUACGUCAUCAGCAUCCGGUCCGGGGUACCGGGAACGGCUCCGCUGCUCAUCCAGCUGCUGGACUUGUACAGGGACUCGGAGCCGGUUCUGAUCGAGGAGCGGAGCGAUUACUCCAUCAGGGUGGCGGCAGGCGGCGAUGACCCCGCGGCCCGGCUCCUCGAGCCCAGCGGGCUGUCGCACUUCUCAGAGAACCCCGUCCUGUUCGUGCUGCUGCCGCUCAUCUUCAUCAACAAGUGUGCGUUUGGCUGUAAGGUGGAGGUGGAGGUUCUGCUGGGUCUGCUGAAGAGGCCGGUGCCGCUGCUGCUGGGUGUCGCGGGACAGUUCCUCAUAAUGCCGCUCUACGCGUACGGGCUGUCCCGCCUGGCGUCCCUUCCCAAGGCGCUGGCACUGGGGCUGGUCAUCACCUGCUCGGCGCCGGGUGGAGGCGGGGGGUAUCUCUACAGCCUGCUGCUGGGUGGAGACGUCACCCUGGCCAUCAGCAUGACCCUCAUCUCCACCGUGGUGGCGGCCGCAGCCAUGCCGCUGUCCUCGGCGCUGUACGGCUUGCUGCUGGGGGUCCACGCUGCGCUCCACGUGCCCUUCGUCAAGAUCCUGGGCACGCUGCUCUUCAUCGCCAUUCCCAUCUCGCUGGGCAUGCUGGUGAAGCUCCGCCUGCCCGCCGUCACCCGCGUCCUGCUCGCCCUCAUCCGCCCCUUCAGCUUCGUGCUCAUCGUCGGGGGGAUCUUCAUGGCCUAUCAGAUGGGCUCCUCCAUCCUGGCCAACGUGCAGCCUCCGAUCGUGGCGGCGGGCGUGACCGUGCCCGUCUGUGGGCUGCUGGUGGGCUGUGGCUUAGCGCGGCUGGCGGGGCUGCCGCUGGCUCAGAGGAAAACCGUCAGUAUCGAGGUGGGCGUGCAGAACAGUCUCCUGGCGCUGGCUGUCAUGCAGCUGUCGUUCCAGCGGGCCGAGGCCGACUACGCGUCCCAGGCGCCCUUCAUAGUGGCCCUCAGCAGCACGUCGGAGAUGCUUCUGCUGGUGCUGGUUCACAUCGCCCAGCGACGCCUGUGCCUGCCGCCCGCCUCAGGAACCGCCAGCUAAAGCCAAGCACUACUGCCAGAACGGCCGUGACGCUCGAUCAGUCUGCGGGCCGCUGAAGUGUUUCUGUCUUACUACCAAAGGCCUUCGCUCAUUGUGGCCAUUUUUAUUUCAGCCUCUUUUUUAAAUCAGAUUUUAAUUAACACAGUCUUACGCGUAUUAAAAUGACAGUGUUUACGGAAUAUAUGAGAUAUUUUUCUAAGUAAUUUUGCGAUAUGUUCUUUUGUAAUUCUGAUGCUUUGUUUGUAUCUUGUUUCGAGAUGAUGUGUGAUGAUGAUGUUGCUGUGAUUGAACCACGUGCUGAAACAAUGGUGACAUGUGAUUAAAUGCUUUUUGACAA